AUGGACGGGAAAGAUCAACAUGGGAAUUGGUCUUAUGACGAUCAAGUCAACAGCACCACUUCAGUGCUGAGCGAUGGGGGCCCACAAAAUCCCUUGCAGGGAAUUUCACAAGAACCCCCAAAGGAAAUCCAAUUUUUCGAAAUCGCCCCUCCUGCCGAAGAGCUGGUCGACCUGAACCUUGAACUCUCUCUUGGCGGUCUCUACAGAGAGAUCAAGGAAAGCCCUAACCCUAACCCAGUCUUGUUGACUGCAACAAGAGCAGCCGCUGUCAAUAAUGCGAACCCACCAAUAAUGAGUGCUCAGAACAACGAUGGCAUUCUGCCUCCGCCGCCGCAGCCACAACCACCACCACCGCUGCGUCCGUAUUAUACCACAGACAAUAACAACAUGGAUCAAAUUGCGUUGAACGAAAUUGCAACAUAUCUGGAGGCGCAAAAGAAGAGGCAGGUCGAGACCUAUAGGAGGUACAUCCUGAGGAGGAGGGCCCGUGAACGUACCAAGGUAAAGAAGAAGGCGGCGGCUGCUGCAUCCCCGCCAGCUCCUCCUCUGGCGGCAGCAGCAGCAGCUGCAGCACAACCGCCUCAAGGUCCACUGCCGAAGCCAACUGCGUUGCCAGUGGUGGUGGCUUUGGACACGGAGAAUCGCGAGCUUUCUAGGGCUGUGGAGAAGAUGAAUGCCCUAGGAGAGUCCUCUGGGAAAAAAAUACUAGAAGGAGCAAGUGCUCUCGCCACGGGCAUAGGCUCUUCCAGCUCUCAGGAGCUAUGGACAUCUCACCAACCAAAUUCGGACACGAAAGCCUUCGCUGCGAAGGUGAUCUAUGGGAAGUCGGCAAUUGUGAUUGAGAACAUCUCUCACGAUGAGCAAAUCAAGAGACCUAGGCUCUUCAAUGUUGUUCAAAACAACAAUGCUCAUAAAGAAAAUAGCAUCGUUAAUGGAGGGAGAGGGAUGAAGCAAUUGCUGACUGUGACCACCACAGGAGAUGGGUCAAAGGGCAAGAAGGUGGAUGGGUUCCUCUAUAAGUACGGUAAGGGUGACCACAUCUUCAUCAUGUGCUUCUGCCACGGCGUCUUCCUCAGCCCGACUGACUUUGUCAAGCACGCCAACCACACUGAUUGGUCCAAUCCCAUGAAGCACAUCGCCGUCACUUCGCCGCCACCCCUGUGA